AAUUUGAGUGUUGGUAUAUUGCAAUAGGAAAGUGAGAGAGGGACAACACAAGAGGACAUACGCUCCACAAACCUCCUGGAUUUCUUGUUGAUGAUGAUAACCUUUCUCCAAGUGCUAGAGGAGCCAAGGAGGAGAAGUGCUCUAUGGACCUCAUACUCCUCAGCAGUGAGGAGCCUGUUGGGAACGUGAAGGUCAAAGGCAGCCUUGGCCACAGUGGCCAUGAGAUGGUGAAGUUCAAGAUCCUUGGGUCAGGAAGGAGGGUGAAAAGCAAGCUCCCCACCUGGACUUCAGGAGGGCUGACUUUGGCCUCUUUAAGGAUUUGCAUGGAAAAAUGCCUUUGGAUAAGGCACUGGAGGGAAGAGGGGCCCGAGAAGGCUGAUUAAUACUCAAGGAUCACCUUCUCCAAGCUUAAGAGCAGUGUAUUCCAAUAAAGAGGAAGUCAAGCAAAAAUGUCAGGAGGCCUGUGUGGAUUAACAAGGAGUUCCUGGCAAAAUCCAAACAUCGAAUUCUGAGCAGCAUGUUUUCUAGGUGGAACUGGGUGGCCCGUUGCUUAUACUUGUUUUGGAAUAUUUGUUCCCUUGAAGUUUCAGGUGGACUUGUACAGUCAUGUGGUCACAUCAUACCAGAGUCUCCUGUAUUGGCCCUUGGUUCUAAUUUCACAGCAUUAUGCAUUUUGAAUGAGAGUUGUCUUGACUUUGGCAAUAUAUAUGCUAAUCAAAUUAUCUGGAAAAUUAAGAAUAGAGUGGUACCUAAAGAACAAUACCGUGAAAUAAACAGAACAGUUUCCAGUGUCACAUUUAAUGACACUUCUUCGCUAGCUACUCCUCUGACAUGCAACGUUCUAGCAGAUGGACAGAUUGAGCAGAACAUUUAUGGAAUUACGGUUACAUUAGGCUUGCCCCCAGAGAAGCCCAGGAACUUAAGUUGUAUUGUGCAUCAGCUGUCAAAACUCACAUAUCCUAUGACUUGUACCUGGAACCCUGGAAGACAUACAUUCCUGGACACUCAUUUUAAGUUGAAAUACAGGUGGCCACGGGAGAACUUUCCUGACUGCAUACCAAAAGAUGCAAAUAAUUCCUGUACCAUCUCUGAUGUUCAGUUCUUUGUUAACCUAGAGGUCUGGGUAGAAGUGGCAAAUGCUCUUGGGAAGAAUGAAUCUGAUCGUCUUGUUUUUGAUCCCAUUGAGAUUGUCAAACCACUGUCUCCACAUAACUUAUCAGUCAAUUCGGGAAUACUACCUACUGUUCUGAAGCUUUCCUGGGAGAACCGUAUUUCAACAGCUGUGAUGAAACUGAAAUUCAAUAUUCGCUAUAGGAUCAUUAAUGAAACAAACUGGAUGCAGGUUCCUUCUGAGGAUACAGCUUCACCAAGAACUUCAUUCAGUGUUCAAGGCCUCAGACCUUACACAGAGUAUGUUUUUUCAAUUCGAUGCAUGAAGGAGGAUGGAGUGGGCUAUUGGAGUGACUGGAGUGAAGAAAAAACAGGAGUCACAACUGAAGAUAAACCAUCUAAAGGGCCAUCUGUAUGGAGAAUCAUUGAUGCAUCUUCUUCACCAGCUUCUUGGACUGUACAUCUGAUGUGGAAGGCCCUGGAGCCAUUUGAAGCCAAUGGAGUAAUCUUGCGGUAUGAAGUGACAGUCAGAGCUAAACCACCUCCCUUCCAUCCACCAUUGAAGUACAAUGUUAAUACAACCAGCCUUACAUUAAAGCUGCCGAAUAGAACUUACGAAGUGACUGUGAUUGCCCACAACAGAGUCGGUGCAUCCCCCCCGUCAGUUCUACUUAUCCCAACAAGUAAUUCAAAAGCUCCUGUGAAGAAUAUUAGAACACUACCUAAAGAUGGCAAACUGUGGGUAGGGUGGACUGCUCCUAACAGUAAUGUUCUUAAAUACGUGAUUGAAUGGUGUCUGCUGUCCAACAGCUCAGACUGCAUCAUGGAAUGGCAGAAUGAACCAGGAAAUAUUCAAGGAACAUACUUAAAAGGUGAUAUAAAGCCGUUCAAGUGCUACUUGAUAACUGUGUACCCUCUAUAUGCUGAUGGUCAGGGAAGUGGACAGUCUGUGAAGGCUUAUCUUCAGCAGGAUCGUCCUUCAAAAGGACCAACUGUUCAGACAAAAAAAGUAGGAAAAGCUGAAGCUGUUUUGACGUGGAACCAUCUCACAGUGGAUGAGCAAAACGGAUUUAUCAGAAGUUACACAAUAUUUUACAAAACUAUCGAUGGAAAUGAAACAGCUGUGUCAGUGGAUCCUUCCAAGACAGAGUAUACACUCUCUUCUCUAACCAGUGACACACUAUAUACUGUGCGGAUGAUGGCAUACACAGAUGAAGGAGGCAGGAGUGGUCCCGAUUUUACAUUUACUACACAGAAAUUUGGGAGAGGAGAAAUUGAAGCUAUAGUAGUACCUGUGUGCUUAGCGUUCCUGUUGAUUGUACUCCUUGGAGUACUGUUUUGCUUCAACAAACGUGACUUAAUUAAAAAGCAUAUUUGGCCUAAUGUCCCUGAUCCAUCCAAGAGCAACAUUGCUCAGUGGUCACCUCAAGUUCCAGCUAAGCACAACUUUAAUUCUAAAGAUCAGAUGUACCCAGAAGGCAGCUUUACAGAUGUAAGCGUCGUAGAAAUAGAAGCUGAUGACAAGAAGUCUUUUUCAGAACAAGAUCUAAAGCCUUUUGAUUUGCUUAAAAAGGAAAAAAGUACUUCAGAAGGGCACAGCAGUGGUAUUGGAGGAUCCUCAUGUAUGUCUUCUCCUAGGCAAAGCGUCUCUGACAGCGACGAAGGUGAAACUACACAAAACACUUCAAGCACUGUACAGUAUUCGACAGUAGUGCUCAAUGGCUACAGAGACCAAACGCCUGUACAAGUCUUCUCAAGGUCUGAAUCUACUCAGCCACUGCUAGAUUCAGAAGAGAGAUCAGAGGAUCAUGGUGGAGGGAGUGACAGUACAACACAGAGGCAGCAGUAUUUUAAACAAAAUUGUGGUCAGGAUGAAAACAACACUGACAGGCCUUGCUUUGAAAUAGCAAAGCAGAUUAUUCCUGCUAAUGAGGAGGAUCUCGCUGGAUUUGCACAAUUGCAGAUCUCAGGGCAGAGUUCAGAGCCUCCGGGUCUUGGUCUAGAGAAAAGUACCCAGGAAGCUGCUCUGUCAGAUGUUUUACAGACAAGUACUGAAGGACAAACUGUGAGAUACGAAACAGUAGAAGGAAACCCACCAUCAGUUGAUGAAAUGCCAAAAAGUUAUCUCCCACAGACUGUGAGACAAGGGGGUUAUAUGCCUCAGUGAGAGAAGAGACUGGCUGUAUUAGGCCUUCAUUAGUGCCUGUUCACACUUCUUCCUGUGUUCCUGAUGAAUUAAGCUAGGUAUUUUUAUCUGAAUGCAGAUAGAAAUAUUAAAAUUAGGUGAAGAAUAAUUUGACAAAAUACAGUAAGGACUGUGUUUCUGUGGAAAAUUUGCAUUCCAGACCUUCUGGAGACUUACUUUUAUGCACUACAUGAAAUCAUAUUUGUCUGAAUAGCUGAACAAGCCUUUGUGCUACAGUGCUUUUUGUGUCUUGUCACAUCAAAUUUACACAUGAUUGAAAACAGCAAGUUUCAGUUAAUCACAUCGGCCAACAGACCUCUUAGAAGAAAUACGUUGAUUUGCAACAGUGUACAAGCCUAAAAAGCCAGCUUUGGUUGUUUGGAGCAUAUUUGUACUUAAAUGAGACUGAGGUUUAGUACUCCAAUGUGGGGAAAAAUACUAUGUCAUACACUUUUCAGUAGCUUGAUUUGACUCUGAAUUUUGAUGUGGCCCAGUGUCACAGUUUCCAGCUUGUCAGACUUGGUGUGCAAAUCAUGCAUCCACAUUUAAUAAUUGCAUAGAACUUUUGAUGGUUUGCAAGUAACAAAAUGCCCUUAUUGCUUGACUGAGUGUUACUGUAAUAAUUGAUAUUAUGCAUAUAUUUAGAUGUGUGCACAUGAACUAUACAAUAAUCUGGCCUAAGAAUGUGCCUUGCAACUUGAUGCACAGCAAUUCAGUCUUCAUGUUUAAAAGUUAAAAAUCUGGAUGAAAACACAGAUAAUUACUUAUUUAAAGCUUUUGUACCCAAAACACUGUCUGAUUAUACCACACCUCUUUGGUCAUAUUAAUAGCCUUUGUAUAUAAUAAGUGCACCUUUGCAGUGCCUAGCUUGAGAGGCAAGUAAUGAGCUAAAACUUUUCAAAGUUUUUAUAACUACUUAGGAGAAAGGGGAUGUCAGGGGAUCUUCCUGAAUGACUACAAUGACUAGUGUGCUAUAACUUUACUGCUAACACCACAGGACCUCCUUGAAACUGAACAUAGUAAAAAGAAGCAUUGAAGUCAUUGAAGUGCUCAGGGAAAAAAAAAAAAAAGAAACUAUACCCUGAACUUUCAAGUUCAUGACUAUAUGUAUCUAUUAUCUAGCAUGAGCCACAAUGUUUGUGGUGGCUAAAAUUCUUUUCUUCUGUCUCACUUCUAUUCUGUAUUUUAUUUAGAAGGUACAUAUAAUUGCAUUAAAAUUAACCUCUUCCCAAGUGAUGAAAUCUUAUGACACUUGCAGAUUUAUUUUUUUUACCUUGACUCAGCCUAGUCAGCUUUUCUAAUCUGACACUAAUAAAACCUUGAU